CAAGAUCUCCUCCCACUUCUGUUGCUUUGCCAACUCCGAUAUUGACUCGGUUGCCUAAUCGAGUUGCGAGAUCUUGCGUGGUCAGCAUCCUUUUAUCAAGCUUCCUGCUCUUGUUGUGCAAGAGAUGCCGGCAACGAGCCCAGUCAUCAACCGGUUUGCAACAACGUGGAGACACGGCUGAUCACAACGCUCUGGCACGUUUGGAAGAGCCAUGGAGCUCAGCUUGACCUUCUUGGUGAUCUUCUUUGAAGUCCUCCUCCUCCCCUUCGCUCUGCUCUUGGUUUGGGCCAUCUACUGCGACCUCUCCAAGUCGGAGAUCCCUCCAGGCAUCGACCAGCCGAUAAAACUACGCAUCCUUCACUGGCUCCUCAUCCUUUCUUCUGCUGUGGGAAAGAUCCUGGAGAACCUUUGCCUCUGCUCCGAGAUCGACUUCAUCCGCUUCACCCAAGAAGGGAAAAAGAUGGGAGAGGACCCCAAACUCACCAUUAUGGACCUUGCUUUUGAAGGCACCCCUGUGAGAGUUUACCAGCCGAGAGGAACGGUUGGGCAGCCAAAGAGAAGAGGACUCAUCUAUUUCCAUGGAGGAGGCUGGAUGUUUGGAAGCAUUAAUUCCUAUGACCACGUUUGCCGGUACAUGGCCAAAGAAAGCGAUUCGGUGAUUGUGUCUGUUGGAUAUCAUCUGGCACCAGAGCAGAAGUAUCCCUCCCAGUUUGAGGAGUGCCUGUCCACCGCCGUGCAUUUCAUGAGGACCGCCGAGACCUAUGGUGUGGACCCGGCCCUUGUUGCCCUCGGUGGAGACAGCGUUGGGGGCAACCUUGCCGCUUCUGUUUGCCAGGCAUUGGUGACUCGUUUUGACCUCCCGAAGCCCUUGGCGCAGGUGCUGAUCUAUCCCGGCUUGCAGGCCAUCGACUUUGACUUACCGUCCUACCAGCAAAACCGGGCUGUCCCCAUCUUGUACCGGGAGCACGUGGUCGCCGCCGCAUUGAAGUAUCUCAACAAAGACUUGUCAGUGACGGAGAGCGUCGUCCAAGGGCGCCAUGUCCCUAGUGAUAUCCGGAGACGAUUUGAGAAGUGGAUCAACUCGGAGAACGUCCCCAGCGAAUUCAAGGCCCGUGGCUACCGGCCUUCUUCCGCCUCCUCUUUCCUGGACAAUGUCUAUGAAGUGGUGAAGCAGGCGCUGGAGACUACUUUCUCCCCGCUCCUGGCUGACGAAGCAGUCAUCGCACGGCUUCCCACCACCUGCAUCAUCACCUGCGAGUAUGAUGUCUUGCGGGACGACGGGCUCCUUUACAAGAAGCGUCUGGAGGACCACGGCGUGCCCGUCACGUGGUUCCACAUCGAGAACGGCUUCCACGGGGUCAUUAACCUCUUCGAUGGGUUGCUGGCCUUCCCUUCUGGCAAAAAGGGACUGGACAGCAUUGUGACCUUCCUCAAAAGCUUGUGAGGAUGUUCAGAGUUUUUAUUUAAUUUUUGUUAUUAUUAUAUACACUGCUGAACCAUUGC